UAAAUAAUGGCAAAAUUCGAAUGUUUUUGUUCAAGUAUUUAAAACAUUUAAAAUGUCAUCAUUAACUUUUGACAUCUAGAUAAAAUUAUUGUACAAUUUAACAAUUGAGAAAAAACAACAGUAUUCGAAUAAAAUAAAACAUUUGCAGGUGAAGGAAGCUCCUUGACAUGACGCAACAUGUGAAUAAUAUUUUUAUAAAUUGAUAAUAAACAUUAAAUAUGCUGAAAAUAAUUUCAAGCAAAUAAUUUGGAUGAAAGUGAUGAAUUCUUGAAUAAUGAAUGAUAAAAACACUUGCGGGUUCAAUCCUGCGUAUCUUGUCUGUAUAACCUAAGUUUUAAUCAACGUAGACAAACUACCACAAGCAUAAUCAUGAUUUUUAACAUUAAGAUGUGGGUGGAAGCCUGGCUGCUUUAUAUUUGCUGUGUGUUAGCUCAGCAGGAUCCAGAGGUAACAUUUAAAUCUUUAUCUAAAAAUCGCAGUACAAGUUUAAUUUCCGAGCAAGAUGAUCCGCUGCUGUUAUUCCUUACCAUCAGUGGAUCGUUUGUUGGCGUAGGUCAACAGUCCGGUAAAAUCCGCUGGCGCCAAGACAAUGAACCUGUUGUUAAAGUUCCAUAUGACGUAUCUCAUACAUCUCCGAUGUUUUUACCAGAUCCAAAAGACGGAUCUUUAUAUUUUUACGGAGCAGGGCUUGAAGUUUUCAAGAAGCUGCCAUUUACGAUACCACAAUUGGUAGCAAAAAGUCCUUGUCGCAGUAGCGAUGGAUAUCUUUACACAGGUAGGAAAACUGACACGUGGUUCAGCAUUGACCCAGUCACUGGAGAACGUGAGCAGCUUUCAGGUUUUGACGAGCCUGAUAACACUUGUCCACUCGAGACGCCAAACACUAUUUUUGUCGGGCGUACUGAGUACAAUAUUAUAAUGGUCGAUAGUAAGCAAAAGGAGCGCAAAUGGAAUGUCACAUUCUAUGAUUACUCCACGGCAAAUAUUGAAGGAGCGGAUGAUUAUGAUUUCGUUCACUUUACGACCAGCUCAACAGGUCGUGUUGUAACGCUGGAUCCAAGACUUGGAGCUGUUUUGUGGGAAUUAGAUCUAGAGAGUCCAGUUAUUUCUGUUUACACGAUUGACAAUGAUAAUUUAGUAUCCAUCCCCUUUACCAGUGUCUCUGAAGAUACUUUAAAUAAUAUUAUUGAGCGAUUUAAUUCCAAGCCCAAUGAUAUUCAAUUAUACCCAGCGCUUUAUGUAGGAGAACACAGACAUGGUUUGUAUGCAUUACCGUCUCUUGUUGACUCUUCUACUGCGACAAUAUCGUCAAAUGCUGAACACUUGAUGCUCGAGGGUCCUCGAGUAAUUUCAAAUUUACAUCAAGAUGAUUCUCAGAGUGAAAAAAUUUCAAGGGUAAAUUCAGAAGAUCAGAAGCUAGAUGGAAGAUCGCAGAGUAAUUUAAUUGUACUGGGUCACUAUAAAAUGUCAGAAUUAAAACCGCUGAACCAACCACUGCAGAUAACUGGUCGUUCAGAUCCUGUUAUUCAAACGACAGAUCUAUUGGGUAAUUCUUCUGGAAAAAUUACAAUUGUUUUAUCGAGUCAUGAACAAGCGAAUGUUAUUAAUAGCACAGAAUAUCGCAGCUGGCGUAAAGCUAUUGCUAAUAGUUAUAACGUUAGCAAACGUUGGAUAAAUCAACAAGAAAGUAAAGGACUGAAGUUGGCUCUCAUUAUUCUCGCUGGAUGUCUUAUCAUGGUGAUAUGGCACUGGUAUGUUCAGAAUAAAGAGCUGAAGAUUUUAUCUCAAGGCUCGAGAGAAAACAGUCGGACUAGUAAUUACAGUGGUAAUGGAGUUAUGAUAAUACCUGAAGAUAUUGGUGGUGGCACUGUAAAAGUUGGAAAAAUAGCAUUCAAUAUUGAUGAAGUAUUGGGUAAAGGUUGCGAGGGAACGUUUGUUUAUAAAGGAGAAUUUGAUGGCAGGUCUGUAGCAGUUAAACGUCUUUUACCUGAUUGUUUUACAUUUGCCGAUCGUGAAGUCGAUUUGCUGAGAGAGUCAGACGCUCAUGCCAAUGUUGUCAGAUAUUUUUGUACAGAGCAAGACCGUAUGUUUCGAUAUAUUGCUCUUGAAUUAGCUCAAGCUACAUUGCAAGAUUACGUUGUCGGGAAAUAUAAUCGUAAAUUUAUAUCUGUGAAGAAUAUUUUGCUACAAGCAACUUCUGGGCUUGCUCAUUUACACUCUUUGGAUAUAGUUCACAGAGAUAUUAAACCUCAUAAUGUUUUGCUCUCGAUGCCAGGGCCUCGUGGUGAGGUCAGAGCUAUGAUUUCAGACUUUGGAUUAUGCAAAAAAUUACAACUAGGCCGAAUGUCAUUUUCCCGUAGAUCUGGUGUGACUGGUACAGAGGGAUGGAUUGCACCUGAAAUGUUGAAUGGUGAACGUACAACCUGCGCUGUUGAUAUAUUUUCUCUAGGUUGUGUAUUUUAUUAUGUUUUAUCCAAUGGUAAUCAUCCAUUUGGCGAUACCUUGAGAAGACAAGCCAACAUACUGUGUGGAGAGAGCAACCUGUCCUCGCUUACUGAUAUUAGUAAUAGUGAUAAAGAACUUGCAUUGGUAUUAAUCAAGGCGAUGAUUGACAGUAAUCCUACUAGUAGACCUCCAGCAUUUGCAAUACAAAAUUAUCCAUUCUUUUGGAUUUCAUCACGUAUUCUUAAUUUCUUUCAGGACAUCAGUGAUAGAGUUGAGAAAGAUGAUCCAGGUAGUUUUGCAUUGAUGGUCCUAGAAUCUGGAGGCGAACGGGUCGUUGAAAAAGAUUGGCGAGCUUGUAUCGAUGUUGAAGUGGCUAAUGAUCUUAGAAAGUACAGAAGCUAUCGUGGUGAAAGUGUCAGAGAUCUUCUCCGUGCGCUUAGAAAUAAAAAACAUCAUUAUCGAGAAUUAACGCCUGAAGCGCAAGCCAGUCUUGGUGAAAUCCCUGGAAAAUUUACAGAAUACUGGUUAUCAAGAUUUCCACACUUGAUAACUCACAGUUGGUGUGUAAUGCAAAAAUUCCGGAAUGAACCAACUUUAAAAGAUUAUUAUCAUACAGAUUACGAGUUUACGACUUAUCCCGCGUAUAAUGUUGUUGAAGAAAUAUCUCUUCGACCUUUAUCAUUUAUAAAUAAUAAUGUAGGAACGACAGCAACAGAAGCUACGCAAUCAGAAUCUCUGGUGCCCUCAUGGAGGGUUCGUAAUGCCAUUGAUUGGAGUCCUAAUCGUACUAGGUUCCGACCUAACAGAAAAAGACAAGAGAGACGAAAAGUUGAAGGUCCAAUUGUCUGGACUCUACCGUCCGCCAGUUAAGCCUUCCAUUUGGUCUCAAUAAAUUUCUUACACAGGCUAGCGCCAAAAAAUAAAGUGACAUAUGAUUUUUAAUGAAAAUUUGUGAUAAUUAUGCCGUAAUGAGUGAGGUACGUCGAGUAAUUAAAUUAUUAAAAUUGAUAAUCAAAACAAAGAUAUUCAUUAUUAUGGUCAUUCUUUUUUUUUUCUUAAAAGUGAUUAAAAUAUGGACCAUUAUUGACUACUAUUUAAUAUUUAAGAUUCUUUUUUAUCUUCCCACUAUCAAAAUUAAAAGUUUUCAAAGAAAGGAAAAAUUUUGAUUUUGUGUGUGAAAAAAUUGACGUAUGCACAAGAAAAGAAUUAAUUUUAGGCUCAAGGAGCUAAAAAAAGAUUUUAACAUCUUUUUUUUAGCUAUAAAAACAGCGGGAAAUUUUAAGAAUGACCUGCAGAGUCAACUGUUUCUCAGAUUUGUUUUUAUUUUUGAGCACAAUUAUUUUCAUUUUUUUCCAUCAUGACUUAAUAAAUAAUAUAUUUAGUGAUUGUUAAAAAAAUAUUUUUAAGAAAAAUUAAUAUUUAUAUAUUUAUAUACUUUAUAUAAAUGUAUUUUUGUUGUGAAUCCACAAGCACGUGACGUUUGGAAUGUAUAAAAAAGAAAAAUUUUUAAUUAUAUAUUUAUAUUGUUGUUGUAAAGAAAAAAAAUAAUUAAAAAAAAAAAAAAAAAAAAACUUAACUAUAAUUGUAUAUAA